GCGAGGGGGCCAGGCGGGGGCCGAGACCGAGCCUGAGCGGAGGCGGCAGGCGGGGGCGCGGAGGCGGAGGGGAGAUGCCCGGCCAGCGCCGGGGCCGCCGCUCUCGGGGCCCCUGAGAGACCUCGCGCAAGGGUCUGCCCAGUCGCCAGCCAUGGGAGGGCGGCUGCCGCCGCCGCUGCUGCUGGCCCAGCUGCUGACGGUGGUAGUGGGGAGCGUGCGAGCCCAGGUGGAGGCCUGCCCCUCCCACUGCGUGUGCCAGAACCUCUCCGAGUCGCUCAGCACCCUCUGCGCCAACAAGGGGCUGCUCUUCAUCCCGCUCAACAUCGACCGCCGGACGGUGGAGCUGCGCCUGGCCGACAACUUCAUCCGGGUGGUGGAGCCGCCGGAGCUGCUGAACAUGUCGGGGCUGGUGGACCUGACCCUCUCGCGCAACACCAUCGACACCAUCCGGCCCUUUGCCUUCGGGGACCUGGAGAGCCUGCGCUCCCUCCACCUGGACGGCAACCGGCUGACGGCCCUCGGGGAGGAGGCCCUGCGGGGCCUGCUCAGCCUGCAGCACCUCAUCCUCAGCAGCAACCAGCUGGCGGAGGUCUCGGCCGCGGCCUUCGCCGACUUUGCCCCGACGCUGGAGGACCUGGACCUCUCCUACAACAACCUGCGCAGCGUGCCCUGGGCCGGCCUGCGGGGCAUGCUCUGCCUGCACACCCUCCAGCUGGACCACAACCUCAUCGACUUUGUCCUGGAGGGGGCCUUUGCCGAGCUCUACCAGCUCUCCCGGCUGGACAUGACCUCCAACCGCCUGCACACCCUGCCCCCGGACCCGCUCUUCGCCCGCGCCCAGCGGGGGGUGGUCAGCCCCACCCCCUACGCCCCCACCGUGGUGCUGAGCUUCGGCGGGAACCCCCUGCACUGCAACUGCCAGCUGCUCUGGCUGCGGCGCCUGGCGCGGGAGGACGACCUGGAGACCUGCGCCUCCCCGCCCCCGGUGGCCGGCCGCUACUUCUGGGCGGUGCCCGAGGAGGAGUUCACCUGCGAGCCGCCCCUCAUCACGCGCCACACCCACAAGCUGUGGGUCCUGGAGGGCCAGCGCGCCACGCUGCGCUGCCGGGCCAUCGGGGACCCCGAGCCCCUCAUCCACUGGGUCUCCCCCGAGGACAAGAUCCUCGCCAACUCCUCCCGCACCGUGUCCUUCCGCAACGGCACCCUCGACCUCUUGGUGACCACCCUGCGGGACGGCGGGGCCUACACCUGCAUCGCCAUCAACGCGGCCGGGGAGUCCACGGCCCUGGUGGACCUCCGGAUCAUCCCCCUGCCCCACCGGGGCAACGGCAGCGGCACCGUGCGGCAGCAGGCCCCGGGCUCCUCCGACAUCGCCACCUCGGCCAAGGCCUCGGCCAACGCCACCGACGGGGGCGCCGCCGCCACGAGGAGGGUGGAGGUGACCGACGUGACGGCCACGGCGGCCCUGGUGCGCUGGGCCGCCGACAAGCUGGCUGAGGCGGCCUGGCUCUACCAGAUCCAGUACAACUGCACGGCGGACGAGACCCUCGUCUACAGGUAA